AUAUGCGAUUAUACUCAAGUUCACUACAGAUGCUUCCACCUCCGCUACACUGUACGCGCAUGGUGCACAAAGUAUCAAGAGGCACACAAACGCUGUCCAGCCAAUGUCGUUGCACCCCCGAUACCGAGUCUAGGUCGCGUUCACUAUGCUGUUGUUCAUUUCCCUUGGCCUAUCAUCGAAGACUGUGUUUUCUCAAGGCCUCUUCUAUCGAGACUUUAUCUUGGUCAUGGUACGUGA